ACGUAGUACUAUCCAACAACACUAUACACGACGACAAAAGGCCCCAAACCCAUGUCCUUUCGACCCGAGUCGGCUCCGUUUGAUGCUAGCCACGGCCAGCGUCGUCACCUUGUAGCCCAAACUGGUAGCCGUCCAGGGUGGUCCCCUGUUAUCCGGCAGGCCCUGGCUCACGAGCCGUACUUGACUUCUCUUUACGACAUGAAAUCGCUUGUUCGUCAUCGGCGUGAUGGGGCGUCUUCCCGUGUCACAGCUACCAAACGCUGCGUUCAAGACUUUGCAGAACAGGAACCCAAUCGCAUGGCCACUACGUCCAUCACGUCCGCCAAACUACCCCUGGAAGAACCUCCACCGAAUACGACCAGCGAAGUGCUGCAACAGAUUAGCCUACCACUCGAUAUACGUCCCCGCGACAAUGCAACCAGCGGCGGCAUCAAGUUGUUACGACCAAAGUCGUCACAUCCGUCGCCCUCCCGACGUCAGAGUGACUCGCCCCUUGUAAAACACCCCAUGCGGCUCGUGGCAGCCAAGCUGAUGGCAUCGUUGCAUGAGACGUCGAAUCAGACUCAGUCGAAUCAGACGAAUCAGAACCCCCGACAAGGCGUGGCCAGCCACGCGUAUUUCCAAGACAUUUACUGGCAAGUGGCGGCGCAGUUGGAGCAGCAGCCGUCCACAGCGGGGCUGGCGCAAGUCCUUAAGCACAUAUGGCACGAAUAUGUGGACCCACUUCACGACAAGGUCGAACACUCGAACAAUCGAUUGGGAUGUUCGUUUUCCAAUCCCGCGCCCACCUUGAAUGCCCGUAAGCUCGCCUUGGCCUCCCAGGUCGGCAGGGUAACACACACUACUCGAGUCACGAGGCGAAAGCCCAGCCACAUGCCUCGACACGAGAUGUCAAGUGAAAAAUCGGGAUUGACUGCCCAAGAAGACCAACGCAAUAGGAACAACGCAGUUGCCGCUUCCCACUCGACCCAACCAGCAUUCACAGAGUCCGACACAUCCACCCUCCGUCGACGACGUAGCCAGACCGCGCUCACCUUUGACCACGUCGACCAAGUGCACGAGAUUCAAAAGAUUUUAUCUGCCAAGGUGAAAGCGUUGCGGCUCGAGCUGAUAUCAAUGCAGCGGCUUCGCGAGUCCAUCUUUGCGACGGUCGUGAACGCCGACGCAGCGAGGCAAAAGAACAUUGACACACGCAUGCGACUACGCAUUUCUGCGCAACUCGAGCAAACAUUGCAGAAACGGUAUUCGGUCGUGUCGGACACGAUGACGUUGGCUGCCGUCCACAUCCAGCGCAUGGCGCGAGGAAAGCUCGCCGGCAAACGCAUUCGACUGGCGCGCAUUGUGGCACUGAUGAAAAUGUCCAAGGAAAUGUUUCGCCACAAGCUGCAGAAACGGGAGUGGAACGAAUUCGACAACGCACCCGACACCACGCCGAUUGAACAACUCGAAGACGAAAUGAAAACGAUCGUGUGGGAAGUCACGCGCUUGGUGCGCGACUUGUCAUUGGACUGGUGGAAGCUCAGCCUCAGCGAGGAGCGAGCAAGGUUGACGUGGGAAGUGAACGACGCCAAGGACGACCUCCGGCUCUUGCAGCAGCAAACGUCAGUCCUCGUACAGAAUUGCACCUUGUGCAUGAACCUUGUAUCUGACCCGGUUGUGCCCAAAACUCACGAAGCUCGAUUGGGAGUGCAUCAAUAUUACUCGCCGAGUCCGCGCGUACCCGACACGACCAAGGAAAUGCUGGAAAGUGUCAGUACCACCAACUCGAAACUCGAAGAUUUUAUCUUUACGUUCGCGAAAUCCAAGCAACAGCGCACCGCCAUCGCCACCCAAACGGAUCCAACUUUACAAAAACAACCCACGUACUUGCAAGCACUGGCCAAACUCGCCCAAGUGCAAAACAACGAACUAUUACCAACGACUCCGUUAGAAUUACCGGAAGAUAACCCAGCCACUGACACGACCCCUUCUCUUCCGCCGCAAAGCUACUCUGUCGAGCCAACGGUAGACAUUUCCUCUACUGCUAUCAGCCCUAUUGAAGCAAUUGCUGCAACUCUUCCAACUGCCACGGAAUCGACUAAAAUUGCCAAACGAACUCUGCAUCGAUCUCCAAAGUCCAAGACUCCUGCGACGACGGCAGUCCCUGGGUUAAAGGACAUGCCACGACUCCUUGCAGCGGAGUUUAAACUCAUCGGCAAGUCCCAAGCAUACAAAGGCAAGGUCAUGGGCGUCGCACAGCUAAAGUUGCUCCUGCACGAGGUAUACGGCGCCCGCAUGGCGGACGAAUUGCGUGCACCCGUGGGGGAGUUCUUGUACCGGUUCUUUGCCCUCAAAUACGGACUCCGCAAUGUGGCCGAAAUGUACUUGGUCAAUUUCGUCACGUCAUUGAAAAAGUAUUGGAAAGCUGAUCCAGAGAUUCGAUUGUGUGCUCGGCUGUGCCAUAUCAAACACACGACCCCACUUAGUUUGGACGCAUUUGAUUACUACGUCGGGCUGCUCGCAGGGAUAGGUGUUCAUCAAAAUGAAGCGGCCAUUCCACAUUGGUUUGUGCCGCAUCUGACUCGACAGGCCGUGGAUUUGAUUCAACAGUACGAGCCAGGGUGUAUGUUGGAGCUGGUGCAUCACGAUCCUGACACAACAUACAAGUCGAUUGAGUCCAAACUGUACAAGUUGUCGCCUGUGGCUACCCACCAAGAAAUAGGGCUUGGUGUCGCCACUUUAACGUUUGUGGACCGGGACGAAGCGCUGACGACGUGCCUCGAUGCAUUUGAAGCCGUGGAAUCGGCGAUACACGACCACUUGCUGCAGGCGUUUCAAACCGCAGACAUUGACAAGAACGGGGUACUGUGCUUUGCCGAGUUCAAUAGUUUGGUGCAAAAGGUGUACUUGACGCCCGAAUCGCAUGUCCGCCGCAUGUUUUUCGAUGCGAUUGCGCUCUCCGGACAUCCCUUCCGCGACGCCAUUCUUCCCGAAGUAUUUGUCACCCUGGCCAAGAAAGAAGGAUUGAGCCGCAAGAGUUACGUCAGUCAACGUCGAGACGCGAUCACAAGUCCUAUCGACAUGAAUUUCCUAGAGAGUGGGGGGGGACUACUGCCGCCUCGGUAGCAUCUUUUCUUUACUAGUUAAGGGAAACGUUAAUAUACGACCGACUGCC